AUGCUUGGCGAUGGAGGUGAAACCCCUUCAAGAUAUGAAUUGUUGAGCAUGGUGAAGAAGCACUCAAAUUUAAUUGGGAGAACCGUUGUUGAAGAUCAAGAAGAUGCUCCUGAUGUUGAAAUGGAUAUGAAGUUUUGGAAUGAUGUUUUUGAUCUCUAUUUUGUUCGUGGUAAAGAGUCUAGGGGACGCCAAGAUGAUGAUCUCGUUUUCUUUGUUAGAAAAUUGGUUUCUCGAGGUUCUGCUUCCAAUAACGACGCAGAAACUGUUGAUCCUUAUUUUGUACGCAGGUGGGCACCUAAGUUGAGCAGCCUAAUUGAUGAAACUUCAAUUGAUGUGGACUGGAGGCGUUCCUUUUACUUGAAUUUAAUUGCUCAUACAUCAUUCAGCGUAACCGUCGCAAUUUGCAGGUAA